AUGCCGACUCGAUCUGUAAACGUCAUUAACUUGCAGACUGUUGAAGAUCCAGAGGAAUUACCACGGUAUACGGGAUCACCGUGGUAUUUGUUCCUGUCUGAUGUCCGGCUCUUCUUUCGCAACAUACUGUACCUCCCUUAUAUAUUUUUACCAAUUGCCCCAUGGCCGUCGGGCCCCUUGGAUGAGUUGUAUCCAUCGCUGGCCAAUAUCUUGGACGUCAUCUUUCACUCCAUUCUGUUUGUUCUGCAGCUUGGUUUCUUGCUCUCACUUCCAUUCUUGAUUUACGUGCCGUUUUCACUUUUUGUUUCGUAUGUUGUUGGUGUGAUUUUGCUGAAUUUGUUGUUAUGUCAAGUCCUUAAUCGGGGAAUUCCAAAAGACGGGUUGAGGUCAACCGAGGAUGAGGAUUCCAGAAGCUGGAGACAGCACGAUGACGAAUGUUGGAUUUUUCUCAAUGGAAUUUGCGUUGGAAAGAAUUGGCUCCAAAACAACGUUGAUCGUCUCUCCCGAACCUUUCAUCGCCCCGUCAUUGGUGUGCAUAAUAGAACAUCUGGCGUGGUGUUCGACAUCAUUCAAUGUCUCAUCCAAAGAUCUCUGCUAUUUGCUACCUCUGAUGUCAGGGAUUGCUACGUAUUGGUCAAGAAAGCACUUUAUAAGAAGGAAGUUAAGAAGGUCAUACUCAUAUUACACUCCCAAGGCGGAAUUGAGGGUAGUAUGAUCGUGGACUGGCUUCUUAACGAGGUGCCCCAAGAUCUUCUGCAAUAUCUCGAGGUGUAUACAUUCGGAAGUAUCGCGAACCAUUUCAACAACCCAUUUCGUGAUGCGAUAUCCCACGUAUCAAGCCCCGGGUCUUUGUCAAACGGAGAGACGUCCGGGAGAUCUCACAAUCGUGCUAUACCGCACGUCGAACAUUAUGCAAAUAGCUACGAUUUCGCCAGCAGAUUUGGGGUACUCCAUUUCACUAAGAAAAUGCCCAACGACCAACUCGAGAACCGAUUCAUGGGAAAUGUGUUUGUCAACCCCAAAGCUGGACAUCAAUUGAAUCAACACUACCUGGAUAGCAUGUUCCCGCUUGACCCAACGAACCGCUUCACAAGGGAUCCCAAAGAUACCGACUUCAUGAACUUGAAUGUCAUUAUUCAUUCGACACAACAAGCCAAAUUACCUGAUUCUAUCAGACCGGAGACGGUUGUUGAGAUACUCGAUCAUGCGGGAAUCUUCCGCGAUUUCUCCCAAGAACCAGCCACGGCGACGGAAGUUUUAAACUUGAGCCCUGUUUCGCCAUUGUCUGGGGUAAAUAGGUGGACAGGUGAGCCAAAUUCAAACAGAACGAGACCGAAAUCGAAAUUGAAGAUUCGAGAUCUCAGUAGAUUGUGGUUGUAUCGCAAUGGUGGUCGUCCGGCUUGA